ACAGGCACAGACCCCGGCAUUCAUCAUCCUCGGAUUGUUAAUCCUUGGUGUCUGUGUACGUUUAAAUUCAUCACUUAAUUUCAUCACAGUGACUGCUGCAAUGUGUGGGGAGACUCUACAUUUGUCGGUCAUUUGUUCCAAGUUCUAUUUAUCUGGUGCUGGUCUAUAUGCAUCACACAGAAGAGCAUCUGGCCUCUUAAGUUUUGACAAAGCGGUGUCAUCAGUGAUGUCAUGCAUGAUCAGUGAACUAUAGCUCACGUACUGCAGGCUCCGCCAUCUGGAAGAUUAUUUCCUGAGAGUGUUGUAAUUGGGGAGAAAAUGUUUGUCUGGGGAGGACGCACUGCUGUAGUGAGUGAAUUUCAUUCUCGUCUGAACGUACUUAGUGUGAACAUGAUAUCUGGAGUGUGGCAUGCCUACACUGCUGCUACUCCAGACACACCAACACCUUGUACUGGAGCAUGCAGUGCUGUCAGUAACAAUACUAUCUAUUCACAUGGAGGACGAACUAGCUGGUCACCAUUAAGAAGAUCAGAGGAAAUGUACAAACUCAACAUUGAGGAGAUGAGAUGGAGAAGAGUGGAAACAAAAGGAACUAAACCUGCAGGAAGGAAUGCAGCAGCGAUGUGUAGUGUUAAUGGCAAACUUCUUAUGAUGGGUGGUCAUGGUUCUAUCUCAUUAAACAAACUACAUCCACAAGCUGAAUACAAGAAGGAUACUGGCAAGUUAGGUGAAGGCAGGAACAAUGAAUUAUGGUCAUUUGAGCUGGAGUCAGGAUGUUGGUCUCCAGUGUGUGUGACUGGUUCUAAACCAUCUCCACGUGAUGGUCACACAUUGACAGCUGUGGAUGAGAAACGAGUCCUCUUGUUUGGCGGCUAUGAUGGUCGGAAAUGUUUGAAUGAUUUGUGGUUGUUUGAUUAUACGAGAAAGAUGUGGACUCACAUCACACCAUCUUCUCUAUUGUGGCCACAGCCAAGGUAUUACCACACUAUGUGUAUAGUAGGCUGUAAAGAUGAGGAGAUCAAGAUAUUACUGAUGGGAGGAUAUGAUGGAAGUGUUAUGAAAGACUGUUGGAUGAUCGAUGUGAUGAGAGGCAGCAGUGAGAAGCUUGUAAUUGAUGGGGAGAUAUUUGGUCGCUAUGGUCAUUGUGCUGGUUGUAUUACACUACCAGAUGGCACUGUAGCUAUCAGUGCAUUUGGUGGUUAUUCCUUGUCUGGUGCUGUUGUUGCCAGUCCUUGUUUCUACCACUGGAAUCUUUCCCAAUCAACUGUUCUUCAUGUUGGAAUACCAGCAGCAAGAGUUGGUUUACAUGCUGUGUCUCGUAUUGCAGCAAAUACUUCUCUUGCAGGUGGAAUGAGUCAAAAGACUGAGCAAAUGGCAGGAGAAUUUAAGUGUCUUUUAUCAGGACAGGAUACACUGACAUCAGCGGCGUGUCAGUAUGACAGAAGCGUUUCUUGUCUUUUAUCUCCUGCUGCCUACCUGCAACCUCAAGUUUGUAUUUUGUUUGUGACUAUUCAUAAGGCUGACAAGACAUUUGGCUCUCAAUUAGCUAGCAAGCAGAGUGUUGGUGAGCUGGUGAAGCAACUGGCAGAACAAGUGGAGUGUUUGAGAGUAGCAUACGAAACAAAGGAUAGACAAAUUACUGAAGACAUGCAGCAGCAAGAGAAGGUAUUGGAUGCUGCAAUGGGACAAAGAGAAGUGUUGCAAACAGAAAGAGGGCAGAUGCAAGCACAGAUAGAAAAUAUGCAGAAACAGAUUGAAAAUCUGCGGAAAGAAAAGAUGUCUUUACAAGAAGCCCUAACUGAAGAAAAAUCAAAUAAUGGUGACUUACAACAUGCACUUAAUAAAGAACAAAGAGACAAAGCUCAAUUGCAACGUGAUCUACAUGAAGAGCAACUGGAUAAGCAGAACGUACAAGAUACUUUGUGUGAUGCUUUAAGAAAGAACAAUGAACUACAGCAUCAUAUUCAUGAUGAGCAAGAACAAAAGAUGAUGCUACAACAAGAUCUGAAUGAGGAACAAACACAGAAACAGCAGUUAAUUCAAGAGAAGAUGAAGCUGCAACAAGAGCUUAAUGAGGAACAAACUCAGAAACAGCAGUUAAUUUCUGACAAACAUGCAUUAGAACAGGCUCUACAUGAGAAACAAAGAGAGAAGGGUGAUGUUGAAGAACUACUGGCUGUUGCACGGGUGGCGAACACUCAGAGCAGAAAGAAGCUGAGACAAAGUAAGGAGGUGCUGAAAAUUCUAUCAGGCGACAUUCGUGUAACUGAACAUAUACUAGGACAUGGAGCAUAUGGAGAUGUUCAUAUUGCCUAUUGGCAAGGCUGUCCUGUUGCUGUGAAAAUGUUGUAUGAUACUUUGCUCAGUAAUCAUUCAAAUGUAGUUGAACUGUUACAGCAGGAAGUUUCGGUUGCUUGGAAAAUACAUCAUCCCAACAUUGUUCUUGUCUGCGGUAUGGCAUUGGAGCUUGAGGAGCAGAAGAAGACGGCUUGGAUUGUGAUGGAGCUUCUACAGGGCUCUGUGGCUGGUGUUAUUGAAGCUGCAAAGAAGGAAGAUGUUUUAUCUUUGACAUUACGAGAAAAGUUGGAUGUAACUCAUGAUGCUUUGUGUGGUCUCAAUUACCUUCACAGUUUGCCUAAUGCUAUUCUUCAUGGUGACAUUCGUCCUUCCAAUAUUCUGGUAAGUAGAGUGAUGAAUGCCAAGCUGGGCGAUCUAGGAGCAGCUCGAUUCACUGAUACAUCACUUUCAGCUGGUUUUUUGAGUCCUGAUUACAUUGCACCAGAGAGACUGGAUGGUCGAUCAGCGCAGAAGAAUGAGGAGACGGAUGUGUACAGCAUGGGGGUGACUCUGUGUGAGUUGUUUACAAGUGUUUCUCCAGAUCGUUCACAUCGUCUUGAACAACUUCUACUCAUCCAGCACAGUAGGGUUGGUGCUCUGUGUGCUCGUAUGGUGUCAGAUGAUCCUGACAGACGGCCAUUGGCUGCAGAAGUUCUUGCUGACAUUGACCAUGUGCGUCAAACAGCAGAAUACAAGGCAUGUCCUCCUAAAAGAAUGGUGAAAGGCAAGCUGGAUGGAGUAGAAGAUGUGACACUUACUGACUGCUUGUGGUGAAUUGUGUGGCAGCAAAUAAUUCAGGACAAAUUACCCAGGUCAUAAACAAUAACAAUAUUCUAAUUUUACUAAAUUAUUUCUUGUUACAGUUAAUUAUUAAUUAAUUAAAUAUUUAGAUGUGUCAGGUAUACGUAAUGCAGUGAUCUCUAGAAUUGAGUAAACAACUUGACAGCUUGAUCUGUUAUGUGUAUAUACAAUACAGUAAGUGGUCAAAUUGUGCUUGUGCUGAGCAUUCUUUUGAGGUAGUCAGUUUGUAAAUAGAUAUAGAGAAGCUUUACAGAGUUUCUGUGGAUGUUUCUGUAUGAAUGGAGGAAAAUUGUGAGA